CUAUGCAAGCCGGCGCGAGUUCUGCCAACACGUAUGUUUGGUCCCGUAACACUCGAAAGCCUGGCUCCCAUCAACUUGAAAUUACCUGAUGGAGUUGCAGUAACGCCUGGCCAUAUAGUUUCAUUCAACGGUCAAACCAAAGAAGUGCCUGGAGAGAUAUACUGUCACCUUUGCAAUAAUUCAAUGAAGCUUGGCCUCCGCAAAACAAAAUACAAAGGGGAGACUCGAGAAUACGCCACUUACAGGUAUUUAUGGAAGUUUGUGAGUAGGGGCCAUUCUUUUAUUACCAUUGACCAAUUCACCGUUACCUUCCCUGCUGAGGAAGUUUUUCCGGGUGUCUUCGGAAGGGAUGUCAAACGUUCCGCUCCAUUCGUAAAGUCAUCGAACCGGACCGUUAUCCUUGUUAUUCAUAAAAGCAGCAUGAAAGCUAAUUCAGCUUUCGUGAAUGAGCAAUCAAAUGGAAAUGAAAAUGUCACCUCUGUUGGAACAUUAUUAUAUGUGAAGCAGGAAGUCACCGAAAAGCAAAUGGAGAAGAUGCUUGAAUUUGACUUUAAAUUUUUCAAUAAAAGACCUGCUCCUAUGCACAACAUACCUAGAUUACUGUUUGGCCGUUUGAAUAUGUCUCUCUCCGAACUUGAUGAGCACCUGAAGACUGCACAAGGUCAAAAGGAAAUUCAGCACCGCAUAUUGCGUUUCCGGCAGCCGUCCCCUCCAUGCUGCGUUAUUGAGGCAACGGGAAUUUGGGAAGCCAUGAUUCGGCAAGAGCAAUCACGAACUUCGUAUACCUCGUGCGAUGCAUAA